UCACAAGAAAAACAAUGGUGUGCUUGGUUUCAACAUAACUUUCAAUUUAACUUCAACACCAGGAGACCAAGGCGAUAAAUGGCCAGGACAUUAAACUGAGGCUCAAGCUGAGCAGUAAGGAUCACACCAAUAAGGUGUUGUCUGUCCGUGUCAACGCUCAGGCCAUGAGGUACAACGGCAAUCCAGCGGACAACAUCCUGAACAAAGUGCAGCACGUGACACUUCUGUCUGGACAAGAUGUGGCCAUACCUAUCCAGAUCCCCUUUGCAGAUUACAGUAAAUAUAUGGUGAACUGCGACAGCAUAAAGGUUUCAGCAGUGGCCAGUGACAGUGAUGAAUACUACCAGACUGAGACCAACAUCACCCUAGAGCAACCAGUCAUCUCCAUGAAGGUUUUGUAUCCAGUCCAUGUGAACCGUGAAAUGACAUUGGAGGUGGAAUUUAAAAACCCGCUCAAUGAGAGGCUGAGAAACUGCUCCCUGACAGUCAUUGGAUGUGGCCUUUUUAAAUCAGACUAUAUACAAAGUGACCUGGGUGAGGUAGAGCCAAAGGCCACACUGAAGCUCAAGAUUACACGACUCCCUACAGAGUUGGACUGAAGACCGUGGUUGCUGACUUCGACUGCAGCAGCUUCAGAGACAUAAAGAGCUCCUGCAUCGUUGACGUUAAACCAUGAAGCUCUGGUUUCAUUUACAGCUCCCUGUGCGUUUCUGUUUCUUUAUUUAGUUUAAACUGGGAUAGAUUAAUCUACUACACCUUGUUAUAACUAUCAUCCACAGUAACGUUACUAUCCAUAGUCAAGGUUUUGUUUGUUUUUUUCCACUGGCUGGGAUAUAAUCAAGUAGAUUUUUUAUUUCAAAGAUGCAAACUGCCCAACAUUUUCGGGGAUAUGCUUUGGGACUAACAGUUACCAUAAUUAAUAAUUAAUGAGUAAUGUAAUCAUUUUAAUAAAAGAAGAGGGAGAAAAACGAUUUCCUGAUAUUGCUUUGUAGCUUUUCUCUGUUUGUGCAUUAAUUAUUAUUGGGUUUAAAUGAUUGUGGGAAAAUUAUGAAGCUGUAUUUUAGACAACUGUUUAAAUCAUUUACUCAUCUC